CCCUUGAUUCCAUCAGUUGCCAAGCCAGAAGAGAAAGUUAUCAAAGAUAUGCAACCUAUUUCAAAACCAGAGGUCAAACCCAAAUCUCCACUUGACGUAACUACACUUAUUCCAAGUACAUUCUCUUCUGACGAAGAAUUCGAUAAACGGAAGGUCGCUGACGUGAAACCAGUUUCGCCCCUGAUUCCAUCAGUUGCCAAGCCAGAAGAGAAAGUUAUCAAAGAUAUACAACCCAUUUCAAAACCAGAGGACAAACCUAACUCUCCACUUGAGGUAACUAGACCUAUUCCAAGCACAUUCUCUUCUGACGAAGAGUUCGAUAAACCCAAGGACACUGCCCCGAAACCUGUUAUGCCCUUGAUCCCAUCAGUUGUCAAGCCAGAAGAAAAAGUUAUCAAAGAUAUACAACCUAUUUCAAAACCAGAGGACAAACCUAAAUCUGCACUUGACGUAACUAGACCUAUUCCAAGUACAUUCUCUUCUGACGAAUCUGAGGAAGAAUUCGGUAAAGCGAAGGUCACUGACGUGAAACCAGUUUCGUCGCUGAGUCCAUCAGUUGCCAAGACAGAAGAGAAAGUUAUCAAAGACAUGCAACCAAUUCCAAAACCAGAGGAAACCCCCAAAUCUCCACUUGACGUAACUAGACCUAUUUCAAGUACAUUCUCUUCUGACGAAUCUGACGAAGAAUUCCAUAAACCCAAGGACACUGCCGCGAAACCUGUUGUGCCCUUGCUCCCAUCAGUUGUCAAGCCAGAGGAAAAAGUUAUCAAAGAUAUACAACCUAUUUCAAAACCAGAGGACAAACCUAAAUCUGCACUUGACGUAACUAGACCUAUUCCAUGUACAUUCUCUUCUGACGAAUCUGAGGAAGAAUUCGAUAAACCGAAGGUCACUGACGUGAAACCAGUUUCGCCCCUGAUUCCAUCAGUUGCCAAGCCAGAAGAGAGAGUUAUCAAAAAUAUGCAACCUAUUUCAAAACCAGAGGACAAACCCAAAUCUCCACUUGACGUAACUACACUUAUUCCAAGUACAUUCUCUUCUGACGAAUCUGACGAAGAAUUCCAUAAACCCAAGGACACUGCCGCGAAACCUGUUGUGCCCUUGCUCCCAUCAGUUGUCAAGCCAGAGGAAAAAGUUAUCAAAGAUAUACAACCUAUUUCAAAACCAGAGGACAAACCUAAAUCUCCACUUGAUGUAACUAUACCUAUUCCAAGUACAUUCUCUUCUGACGAAUCUGACGAAGAAUUCGAUAAACCCAAGGACACUGCCGCGAAACCUGUUAUGCCCUUGAUUCCAUCAGUUGCCAAGCCAGAAGAGAAAGUUAUCAAAGAUAUGCAACCUAUUUCAAAACCAGAGGUCAAACCCAAAUCUCCACUUGACGUAACUACACUUAUUCCAAGUACAUUCUCUUCUGACGAAGAAUUCGAUAAACGGAAGGUCGCUGACGUGAAACCAGUUUCGCCCCUGAUUCCAUCAGUUGCCAAGCCAGAAGAGAAAGUUAUCAAAGAUAUACAACCCAUUUCAAAACCAGAGGACAAACCUAACUCUCCACUUGAGGUAACUAGACCUAUUCCAAGCACAUUCUCUUCUGACGAAGAGUUCGAUAAACCCAAGGACACUGCCCCGAAACCUGUUAUGCCCUUGAUCCCAUCAGUUGUCAAGCCAGAAGAAAAAGUUAUCAAAGAUAUACAACCUAUUUCAAAACCAGAGGACAAACCUAAAUCUGCACUUGACGUAACUAGACCUAUUCCAAGUACAUUCUCUUCUGACGAAUCUGAGGAAGAAUUCGGUAAAGCGAAGGUCACUGACGUGAAACCAGUUUCGUCGCUGAGUCCAUCAGUUGCCAAGACAGAAGAGAAAGUUAUCAAAGACAUGCAACCAAUUCCAAAACCAGAGGAAACCCCCAAAUCUCCACUUGACGUAACUAGACCUAUUUCAAGUACAUUCUCUUCUGACGAAUCUGACGAAGAAUUCCAUAAACCCAAGGACACUGCCGCGAAACCUGUUGUGCCCUUGCUCCCAUCAGUUGUCAAGCCAGAGGAAAAAGUUAUCAAAGAUAUACAACCUAUUUCAAAACCAGAGGACAAACCUAAAUCUGCACUUGACGUAACUAGACCUAUUCCAUGUACAUUCUCUUCUGACGAAUCUGAGGAAGAAUUCGAUAAACCGAAGGUCACUGACGUGAAACCAGUUUCGCCCCUGAUUCCAUCAGUUGCCAAGCCAGAAGAGAGAGUUAUCAAAAAUAUGCAACCUAUUUCAAAACCAGAGGACAAACCCAAAUCUCCACUUGACGUAACUACACUUAUUCCAAGUACAUUCUCUUCUGACGAAUCUGACGAAGAAUUCCAUAAACCCAAGGACACUGCCGCGAAACCUGUUGUGCCCUUGCUCCCAUCAGUUGUCAAGCCAGAGGAAAAAGUUAUCAAAGAUAUACAACCUAUUUCAAAACCAGAGGACAAACCUAAAUCUCCACUUGAUGUAACUAUACCUAUUCCAAGUACAUUCUCUUCUGACGAAUCUGACGAAGAAUUCGAUAAACCCAAGGACACUGCCGCGAAACCUGUUAUGCCCUUGAUUCCAUCAGUUGCCAAGCCAGAAGAGAAAGUUAUCAAAGAUAUGCAACCUAUUUCAAAACCAGAGGUCAAACCCAAAUCUCCACUUGACGUAACUACACUUAUUCCAAGUACAUUCUCUUCUGACGAAGAAUUCGAUAAACGGAAGGUCGCUGACGUGAAACCAGUUUCGCCCCUGAUUCCAUCAGUUGCCAAGCCAGAAGAGAAAGUUAUCAAAGAUAUACAACCCAUUUCAAAACCAGAGGACAAACCUAACUCUCCACUUGAGGUAACUAGACCUAUUCCAAGCACAUUCUCUUCUGACGAAGAGUUCGAUAAACCCAAGGACACUGCCCCGAAACCUGUUAUGCCCUUGAUCCCAUCAGUUGUCAAGCCAGAAGAAAAAGUUAUCAAAGAUAUACAACCUAUUUCAAAACCAGAGGACAAACCUAAAUCUGCACUUGACGUAACUAGACCUAUUCCAAGUACAUUCUCUUCUGACGAAUCUGAGGAAGAAUUCGGUAAAGCGAAGGUCACUGACGUGAAACCAGUUUCGUCGCUGAGUCCAUCAGUUGCCAAGACAGAAGAGAAAGUUAUCAAAGACAUGCAACCAAUUCCAAAACCAGAGGAAACCCCCAAAUCUCCACUUGACGUAACUAGACCUAUUUCAAGUACAUUCUCUUCUGACGAAUCUGACGAAGAAUUCCAUAAACCCAAGGACACUGCCGCGAAACCUGUUGUGCCCUUGCUCCCAUCAGUUGUCAAGCCAGAGGAAAAAGUUAUCAAAGAUAUACAACCUAUUUCAAAACCAGAGGACAAACCUAAAUCUGCACUUGACGUAACUAGACCUAUUCCAUGUACAUUCUCUUCUGACGAAUCUGAGGAAGAAUUCGAUAAACCGAAGGUCACUGACGUGAAACCAGUUUCGCCCCUGAUUCCAUCAGUUGCCAAGCCAGAAGAGAGAGUUAUCAAAAAUAUGCAACCUAUUUCAAAACCAGAGGACAAACCCAAAUCUCCACUUGACGUAACUACACUUAUUCCAAGUACAUUCUCUUCUGACGAAUCUGACGAAGAAUUCCAUAAACCCAAGGACACUGCCGCGAAACCUGUUGUGCCCUUGCUCCCAUCAGUUGUCAAGCUAGAGGAAAAAGUUAUCAAAGAUAUACAACCUAUUUCAAAACCAGAGGACAAACCUAAAUCUCCACUUGAUGUAACUAGACCUAUUCCAAGUACAUUCUCUUCUGACGAAUCUGACGAAGAAUUCGAUAAACCCAAGGACACUGCCGCGAAACUUGUUAUGCCCUUGAUUCCAUCAAUUGCCAAGCCAGAAGAGAAAGUUAUCAAAGAUAUGCAACCUAUUUCAAAACCAGAGGUCAAACCCAAAUCUCCACUUGACGUAACUACACUUAUUCCAAGUACAUUCUCUUCUGACGAAGAAUUCGAUAAACGGAAGGUCGCUGACGUGAAACCAGUUUCGCCCCUGAUUCCAUCAGUUGCCAAGCCAGAAGGGAAAGUUAUCAAAGAUAUACAACCUAUUUCAAAACCAGAGGACAAACCUAACUCUCCACUUGAAGUAACUAGACCUAUUCCAAGCACAUUCUCUUCUGACGAAGAGUUCGAUAAACCCAAGGACACUGCCCCGAAACCUGUUAUGCCCUUGAUCCCAUCAGUUGUCAAACCAGAAGAAAAAGUUAUCAAAGAUAUACAACCUAUUUCAAAACCAGAGGACAAGCUUAAAUCUCCACUUGACGUAACUAGACCUAUUCCAAGUACAUUCUCUUCUGACGAAUCUGAGGAAGAAUUCGAUAAACCGAAGGUCAGUGACGUGAAACCAGUUUCGCCCCUGAUUCCAUCAGUUGCCAAGCCAGAAGAGAAAGUUAUCAAAGAUAUGCAACCUAUUUCAAAACCAGAGGACAAACCUAGAUCUCCACUUGACGUAACUAGACCUAUUCCAAGUACAUUCCUUUCUGACGAAGAAUUCGAUAAACCCAAGGGCACUGCCGCGAAACCUGUUAUGCCCUUGAUCCCAUCAGUAGUCAAGCCAGAAGAGAAAGUUAUCAAAGAUAUACAACCUAUUUCAAAACCAGAGGACAAACCCAAAUCUCCUCUUGUCGUGACUAGACCAGUUCCAAGUACAUUCUCCUCUGACGCAUCUGAGGAAGAAUUCGACAAACCGAAGGUCACUGACGUGAAACCAGUUUUGCCCCUGAUUCCAUCAGUUGCCAAGCCAGAAGAAGAAGUUAUCAAAGAUAUACAACCUAUUUUAAAACCAGAAGACAAACCUAAAUCUCCACUUGACGUAACUAGACCUAUUCCAAGUACAUUCUCUUCUGACGAAUCAGAGGAAGAAUUCGAUAAACCGAAGGUCACUGCAGCGAAACCAGUUUCGCCCCUGAUUCCAUCAGUUGUCAAGCCAGAAGAAAAAGUUAUCAGAGAUAUACAACCUAUUUCAAAACCAGAGGACAAACCUAGAUCUCCACUUGACGUAACUACACCUAUUCCAAGUACAUUCUCUUCUGACGAAUCAGAGGAAGAAUUCGAUAAACCGAAGGUGACUGACGUGAAACCAGUUUCGUCCCUGAGUCCAUCAGUUGCCAAGACAGAAGAGAAAGUUAUCAAGGACAUGCAACCUAUUUCAAAACCAGAGGAAACCCCCAAAUCUCCACUUGACGUAACUAGACCUAUUCCAGAAACAUGCUCUGCUGACGAGUCAGAAGAAGAAUUCGAUAAACCGAAGGUCACUGACGCGAAACCAGUUGUGCCCUUGGUUCCGCCAGAUGCCAAGCCAGAGGGCGAAGGUAUUAAAGAAAUGCAACCAAUUUGUAAAGAAGAGGACAAACCCAAAUCUCCGCUUUACGUAGCUAAACUCAUUGCAAACACUUUUUCUUCUGACGAAACUGGUGAAGAAUUCGACGAAUCUGUGGGCUCUGAGGCCGCAGAUGGGAAGGACGUUGUUGGCGGUGAACUGGGUAUUAAACAGGAUAUAAUAUCGAACCGUGCAUUUGCUAGUACCCCGCAAUUUAUAGCUGAUAUAACUGAAAGCGAAGAGCCGCGUUCUACAAGUGUUUCACAAAGUCGGGACAUCUUGGACUCUUGUAGUAGCUUAGAUAGUUUAGAAAGAUCAGUUUCGCAACCUUCAGAUAUACGUAAGGAGAAAGCCGUUGCUUACUUUGUAAAUUUAGACGAAGGUAAGAAAAAGGUAAGACAAAGUUCUGAGGGUACUAAGAAAGUUUUAGGGAAAAAGCAGUUCGCAGGGAAACCUUAUGAAUCUUCCAUAAAAGAUCAAACUAAGUCUUCUCCGAAGCAGAUACAAGCAAAAGCUCAAGCCCGGUAUGCUUCAAGUACCGACGAGCGUAGAAAGUCUUCUAAAGUUAAACCAUUAGCACCGGCGCAAGUUAAGCAAAAGAAAUUAUUUCCAAAUAAGGAUGAAACGAAACCAGUUUCAACUGUGAGAGCUGCACAACACCGCCUAAGAACUGGGGUACGGUCAGAUAGAUCUAUAAGUCCACGACCACAUGCAGUCCACGUUGGCUUAAAUGAAGACAAUUCGCAUAGCCGCUCAACAACGCCUAGACCCCGAAUACGAACUGAUGUAACUGCGAUACCUUAUAAUGCCACACUAAGAACAUUUAGUCCGACAUCUAGCCGACCGAAGGCGGACUAUUCUCAUGUUACUAGCGUUUAUGCGCAAACCAAAAAAUAUGAAAAGAAAGCUACUACUAAGAAAACUAAACCCAAGACAAUCAGCAAAUCUUCCGAACCGGCUGGUGAUGAGGCUCAACGAAAGCGAUUGACUACUCCUACCUCAACUGUGAUGCACAGAUAUAUGCAGCCAACACUGGCGCAUAGCCUACGAUAUGGUAAUACACAAUCUGCGUCGAAACAUUCAGAUACAGAAACUCCGCUGGCAUCAAGGUCACCUAUACCACCAGCGAUAUCUAAAGGUAAGCAAUUUACUACUACCGAUGCACCAAGGCGAUAUGUACGCAAUCUAUCCAAAGAAGAACAAACAUUAAAUUUUAAAGGUAGUUUGACGAAUUUAAAGAAAGACUCACUAUCUAAUAGUAAGGAAUCGAUAAAAAGCACUGAAAAACUGUAUCAUAGAAAAAUUAAUAUAGAGAAAACUAAAUCUGUGAUAGCACAUAGCAUUGAAAAAUCUAUGCCUCCAAAAACAAGUAAGGAAAUGAGUAAUGUAUUGAAUAAAGCAAAUCAAAGUAAAAUAAAGCACAAAAUUGACAGAGCAAAGGAGAUUACAAACGCAACUGUGUCAACAACAAGAACAUAUAGAAAUGUGAAAAACGAGAACUCAGAAGAAAAGAAGCUCAUAAGCCGAGCUGAAAAUGCACAGCACCGAUCCAAAGUUCCCCUUAGUAUUCAUUCCAAUAUAGGUACUCGAAGAAAACUUAAUCCAACUAAAAGUGAAAGUAAAUCAACCGAGGUGAAAGGUCGUAAAGACAAUAAGGAUACUACACCGACGGCUACAGUUAAAGCUGAACAACCGAAAAGAAGAACUACACAAACAAAAAAAAGUGAUGUAAAAGUACAAAAAAAGAUGAAGGAUUCGAUGAAUGAGUCCAGCCUGACUGGUAGCGGUAACACUAGUGCCAGCGGCUCAAUGAGUAGUGUACGUAAAUAUACGCGCACAGCUACAAAUAUAAAGAAACUAGACAAAGAAGUGGCAAAUCUGAAAUUAGCAGACAAGUUUGUGGUUACCACGUCCACAGGAUUUAAUUCCAUAACAACUACACCGAAAAUUUCCAAAAUACCAACGGUACCAACUCGAACAACGGUAGUUAAAGUUCACCAAGAGCCACUGGCUACUACUGCCAUUGUCAGCACAGUUAUAAUUGAUGAUGAUGCGGAAAUUUCACGAUCCUUUAGAUCCACAGAGAGUACAAAAAGUUCUACCUCAUCUUCUGGAAGCAGAAAAGUGUUAACAAGUGAAGUUUUUACAAAAACAUUGGGCCCAGACAAACCAUUCGAAGUAAUUUAUCGACAGCCGGACACUGAUUUGGAUACAAUGUCCAUAGUACGCCCGCCAUCAACAGAUCAACGUUGCGUGAAUGAGUUUGAUGUUAGUUUCAUUGAUACAACCGAUUCAAGUUUGUCCGAUUCAGUUGCAUUGCCAAUGUUUAAUACGGAACAGGAUCGUUUAUUGGCCGCAAGCCCAGGCUCUCCAAAACCAACACGUAGUCCAUUGGCCUUAAUCGAAGAAACAUUGCGCCGGCAACAAGCAGCCGGUUAUGCUAUGGAUCCAGCGCUGCAAAUGCAAUUCGGUGCGUCUGGCAUUCGAAUGGGUAGUAUUAGCCCGACAUCAUCGAGAAACUCGAGAUCGGAGCAGAUCGAAACGCCAAAAGAAACCAUAGAAGAAAAACUCAUCUUAGAUGAAGAUUCUUUCAGAACUUUUGAGACAGGCUUUGAAUUCGCUAAAUCAUCUGAAACUACCCCAGUACCAACUUGUGUUACGACAACUGCCCCAACUGAUCCCGAUGCCGAUGCACCCACCCCCAAGCCUCGCUCUGCUAAAGCAGCUUCGCCUGUCAGAGAUAUUGUCGGCGACACCACACAAUCCCUUAAGAGCGAUGAUGCACCCAGCCAGACGGACUCCUCUGAACACGUACCCGAUUUAUCAAUAAUAGCUCCCGUACCAAAGCCACGCCUACAAAUGAAGCCAACAGAUUCGUUCAAAAAUUUAGCUGCUUUAGCGGGCGAACAGUCAGAUAGUAUUAGUUUGCGUAGCUUGGAUAUGACAGAAGAUCUCUCUAAAACCGAUGAACCAUCUAUGGAAAUUUCCAUCAAGUCAUCACACGCACGAGAUUAUCCUACGACUACAACAAUUACAACUGCUUCUGAAGAUCACACAGAAUCGCUCGAACCAACUAGUGAGAUAUCAGUAGAUGAUGGUGAUACAGAAAAAUCCGAACUUACCGAUGGUCGAGCAAAGACUAGUUUCUAUAUUGGUGAAUCGAGUCGAAAUAUUAUUGUCAAAACCACGCCCACAAAGGCGGAUACUGAUUUAGGCGCUGCGGAAACAACAAUAGCUGCAGAAAAUGUCUCUGAUGCCACCAUCGAGGCUAAGGAUAUAGCAUUAAUGAAGGAAGUUUCUGUCGAUUCAGACGAAAGUAAUGAUAUGUUUAAGGAAUAUGUGACAAUAAAGCGUGAAACGGACGGAUCUGAAAGUAAAAUAAUGCGACAAGGAUCCGAAACUCGAAAUGAUCUUUUAGAACAGGAGCCACCUAAGGAUAAUCUUAAUGAUGAUAGCAAAAUGCCUACUACUUUUGUAGUAACUGCAGAAAUUUCACAACCACCAGUAGAAAAGAUGGAAAGCUCCUUAAAGGAGCCUACAGAUGACAGCACUGUUAUUUAUGCUUCAACAUCGAAAUCGGAGAAACUCGAUUUGCAACUAGAGAAGAAUGAAUGGGAAAUAACGGAGAAGGAAAUCCCAGUGGGCAAACCUAAAGUUGUGCACUCGCCCCAACAACUGAGCGAAUUGCCAAAAGCGUUAAUUGAUGAAGAAAUGGUUGCAAAAACACUGGAAGAAGCACAAGAAUCAUUAAAUGCUGUGAAGAAUGAACUAAAGUUUAUAGUAAAAGAUGGGAAAUCAAUUAAAGAGUCGCCCUCAGAAUUUGAAUUUCGUUCAAUAUCUCACGCAUUAAGUAGCGCAGAGAAAAAGGAUAAAACAAAAUCAGAACAAGACGCUACGACCAAAGAAACCCAGCAGUCACAACAUACAUUCACGGAAGAGGCAGAUAUUUCCUCUUUUAUAGGAAUACCAGAUACUUUAAAAGAGUCCACGACUCUGACAACAUUUGAAGUAAUAAAACCAAGCGAUAGUUUAUUUGAGGCCACAACAAAAGAUACUUUAAAUAAAGAAGCUGUAGUGGCCCACUACGCGCGAGAAAUUUUUGAGGAGACCAAGCAGGAUAUAAAAGAUGAGCACGGUUCGUUAGGCUUUAUAUCGACGGGUACUGCAGACGACUACAGUUCAAUGGAGGAAUAUGCAGCUAAAGAAGAACAUGCUUCCCUUGGCUUUGUAUCAACAGAAACUGUCGAAGACUUCAGUUCGAUGGAGGAUUACUAUCAAGAAAAAUUGGCGAAAGCUAGCAUUGUCACUGAAGCAGGUGACGCAGUGAGCAAAUCACCAAUAGAAAGUUCAACUGGCGGAACCGAAACAGCAUUUUCUGAAAUAAGUUUGGAUCAAACAAUGAAGCCAUUUGAACAGGUAACACAUCGCAUCAAGUCGGAAAGCAGCUCCGCGGAUUCCACGAACAGAUGGUCUGUACCCGAAAUCGAUCAGUCUAGCUCCAGUGAGAGCUAUUACAAAAGCUUAGAUAAAAACGACAGUCGUCCGCUAUCAUCGGAUGUAGAAAAUUUGUUAACCCAAGCAAAUUCUUCGGAAUAUCAAACGGCGUUGGACAUAUCUUCGGUAGCACCUGAAGCAACGGAAUAUAUUAGCGCUGUUAGCACACUUGAAAGCAGUAGUGGCAGAACUAUAAGCUCCCACGAAAGUAUGAAAAGUUUAGAUUCGCAAUCAGAAACCUCUGCAAAUUUGGGUAGUAUUGAUGUUUCAGAAUUAUCAGAAACAUUGGUGGCAUCUUCCACUGAAGCCGAUGCUUUGGAAGCUGAGGAACUGGCACGCAUUCGCGAUUUACGUGCUGAUGACGAGGACAGCGAUGAAAGCCUAGACAUACAAGAUUACUCAAAAACCGAACAACAAAUGCAAAGAUCGUUGAUGAAACGUUCACAAGAAAUGAUAUUCAAACCCAAGGUCGAGGAGACUAAAGCCGAGGAGAAACAUUUCGAAACUGUUGUGGUCGAAGAAUUUCCUAAACCUAAGGAAGUAGAAAAGACAUGGGGUUUGGCUUAUCCUAUGGAGGAAGGAAAAAUAGAUGAUAUAAAAGAUCCGGAACGCAUCGAUGAUAUAUUACUUUAUCACAGUGAUAUAAGACGUUCUAUUGAUGAUUCAAAACUGGCAUCUAGCUUGGAUGAAGGUAGUAUUCUUUCAGUCAGCAUGUCGAGUACAUCAAAUAUAGAGACCGUAGUGGAGAAUUUUGAGGAUAUGAUUGGCUCCGCCGGCUCUUCUUCAUUAACUGGAAUAGAGGGUUUUGGUUUUCCACACGAUGAACAGCCAUCCUCAUUUCCCGAGCACGAAGAAACUUUUAGCAUGGAAAUGGAAAGCAGAGAACAUUCGCCACAGGAUUCUACGGUUACAACACCCCCCGGCGAACAACGCAAACGUGGUCAUAAACGCAAUGAAAGCACUCUUAUUUCUGGUGAGGUGCUAAAAUCUAUCACCGACAAAGAAUUACCCGCUUUGGGUGAAAAUAAGGAAUCUGAAAGUGAAUCUGAUACAGAUCCCUAUGAAUCAGAAUAUACCAGACAAUUUCGGUCGCCAAACGAACGCAAAAACAAUAAAAAGAAAAAGCAGGCAGCUGCCGAAAUGGACCAUAGCUUUGACCUCGAAAAACGACCUUUUACACCGUCGCAACUUGUCGCCGAAGUUAUUGUUGAGGAUAGCGCUACUGAAGAGAUGGAAGCUGAAGCCAUUGAGGAGGAACGCAGACCAUCCCAAAACAUGCAAGACUAUUCCGUAAUACCUGAUAUAACAGUAACUGAGGACGUUCAAAAAUCACCAAGUCUAGAGGAAACAAUGGAAGGCUUUGAAGAGAAAUUGUUAUAUAAAGUAAAAACACAAGAAGAGCUGCAUAAAGCUGCCGAUGAACCGAUUGACAAGAGUGAGGAAACAUUUCAAAAACUAGUACAAGAACAAUAUAAGCAGAAACUGGCGGAUCUUCAGCGACCUCAAGCUGGCGAUAGUGAUUAUGAUGAUGAAAAGGCGCCUGACUCGCCUGAUUCAUUUGAAAUGGUUGAUCAGCCAGAUAUUUCUGACGAUUUUGUGAUAAUAGAAGAAGUCGCUAAAGAAGCAAACGAAGUAGAUUUGGGUGCAAAAAGUAUUAAAAUUCAGCCAACAAAAUAUGAAUCCAAACAUGAUGAAGAUGUUGAGAAAAUUAUCAUAAAGUCAGCGCCAGCUGAUCCCAAACUAGGCUCUCAAAUAUUUCGCGACGAUCUUAAUUUCGAAUUCGAAGAAAGUCCCCCAACUGCGGGUAGUAGUAGUGAUCCACAAGAAGAAAGCGAUUCGGGCGACAUGGCUAGUUCCAACAAACGCUGGGUUGAGAUGCAGCUCACAGACACACAAUUGCGGUAUCCAUAUGAUAUGACUGGCGGCGUAUUGGAAGACAUCAAGGAAGAGGAUGGCGAGUUCGAAGUUGGUAGUAGUCGCAUUAGCAGUUUUAAAGACUCAUUUUCCAGCACACCGGAGUACGAUGUCAUGGCCGCCAGGCGAUACUAUGCACGUGGUGAACACGAUGAUGUCUCGAUGAGCAGUUUGCAGGAAUUUGAAUCGCUAGAACAGGCGAUUUCAUUGGAGAAUCGUAACAAAACGCAUCAAGGAUCCACGGACUCGAGCAAUGGUAGCUUCACACGGCGCUAUAUGGUGCGCCACAGUGGCAGCGGAACAGCGCAAGGCGAUGAUGUGUCGAUUUCAAGCCUUAAGGAAUUCGAAGGUUUGGAGAAUGCGUGUAUUGAAGCGCAUUUGAUUGAGAUCAAGGCAAAAGAAGAAGCCGCACUUCUCUCUCGUUCGGACGAUUCAAAUAAGUCAAAUGACAGUGAUCGGGAAAAUGGUACAACCAAUGUGGUUGUAAGCAGAGUGACACGUACCGUAACACGCACUGAAGUGCUGCCGGCACAAAAGCAAAAUAUUGAAGCCUUGCUCAAGCAGAAGCUCGAAGAAUGUGAAGGCAGAGAAUCUACGAUUAGGAUUACAGAACUAUCAACCGAGCCUUUGGACACCAAAAUAAGGCUGGAUAAACAGGAUUCAGAGAAAGGCAGCGCUGAUAGUUUGGAGAACAACAAAAGCAUGCGCUCUAGCAGUAUUGGCAGUUUUGAAAUAUCCAAAGAUGCAACCACACGCUCGGACAUUGAUUCAUUGGAAACCGAUCGAAAACAACCUACACGCGAAGAGAGUAUCGAUUCUAUGGAAAAUGAGCAGUUUGAUUUGUUGGCAAGAUUUCCAACAGUGGACGAAACUACACUAGGCGAAGGUUUGACAACAACAACAACAACUACAACGACCACCACAGAUGCUGAGGGGCAUGAACAUACCGUUACGCAAACUAUCACUACAACAACAAGCGCAAGCGGAAAUGCCACAUUAGAAUUCCCUGCCGAGCAACUACCCAAAGACAUAUCGACCGACUCACUUUGCAUUGAACAUACCAAUACCAGUUCGGCGGGUACAACGGCUACUUAUCAAACUAGUGCUGGAAAUUCACAAAUGUCUGGCAGCGUAACUAGUUGUGCAUCCAGUACACUCAUGGAAGAUUCCUAUCCUGGGGUGAAUUCUAGUUUAACAUCUAGUAGUUUUUGGUCGCAUGAAGAAUCAACGGUUGUGGAAGAUAAGAAUGUCUUAGAAGAAGUGCUCUUGGAAGAUGCUGAGGCCCUAAAACGUCGACAAGUACAGCAAAGAUCAGAGUACGACGAGCAGCAUUAGACGAAUAGAGAGAAGAUAGGAAAGCAGUAAAAUUAUAAUUAAACUACACGCAUAAAAAAUACAUACACAUUUAAGGGAUUACAAGCUUUUUAUACAUACAUCAGUGGUUAGAUUUAAAUAAAUAAAUGCAAACUCAUGCUUCGGUAAUGGUGAACGGACGUGCUGAAAUACUUGGAGAUUUCGAAACGUAUAUAUACUACACAUACAUUCUCUAUACUUAGUAAAUGAUAUAUUGAAUUUUAAUAUUAUCGGCGCAUCGAAAUUUAUGAAAUACACAUUAAACCAUGGACCAAUUCCAGUCUACUUAGAACACGACUUUUAGCAAAAAACAAAAAAUAAGCAUUACAAAAAAAAUAUUAAUCCACACAAACACAAGCAUACGUGUUUGGCGUUAUUGUUAACGAGACAAAAUACCCAGUAUAAUUUGGUCUAAAAAAUCUACCCGUUAUGUGUCUAUUAUCUAUUAAAUGUAACUUCUCCCCGUUGAUUGGCUUUAAAUUUUUAAAACUAAUUAUUAACUAAGAUUCAGAAAAAUGUACGUGAGUAUGUCGUUAUGUUAAUUGUGUGAACUUUUCUAAGAACUAAACAAGAUUUUCUACAUUGCUUUUAAUUACAAAAAUUGUGUAACGCGGUAUAUGAUAUUAUUAGUAUGGAAAUCUAGCCAGGCAGUAGCAAUAAUGAUGAGUGUAAAGAAUUUAAUAUUUUUUAAAAAUUAUUUAAACAUGUUAGUCAUUCGUAUGUAAUUUAGUUUAAGCAGCUUCAAUGGGAUACAUGCAUAUACAUUUUAACAUGUAUGAUGCCUUAACAAAAAUGCAUAAAAAAAGUUACAAAAAAAAUAUAUAUAUGUAUAUCUUUUUUCAUUUUUUAAUCCAAAGGAGCAAAUAAAGCGUAAGCAUUUUAAUAAUUUAUAUUUAAUAUUUACAUUGAAAUAACUUAAGUAUUGAAAAUAUGAAUGUAAUAAAGCACAUGCAUACAUACUUAUGCAAAGCAACAAACAGGCAUACCAAAAGCAUGUAUUUCCAAUUAAUCUUAGUCAAACUUAUUGCAAAAAUAAUACAUAUUGACAUGAAAUGUAUUUCCUAUCGAUGCAUGGGAGGACACAAUACACACAUACAUACAUAUUUGUAAUGCAACACACAUGCCUACGAUUAACCGAAUAAAAUGCUUAAACAUAUAAAAUA